AUAAAAUCACAAAAUAAAAACAAAAUAUUUGCAAUUAAAAACAAAAAAACAACAACCCAAUAACACCCCCUUAUACACCUGAGACUAUCGGGGACAGUGUCCAGAUGCAAAGGAAUGACUAUUCUGGCACAGUGGAGCCUCCUCAGCUCUAAUGUUAGAAAUGAAUCAUUAUCCCCAACCCUGCUGAGGCAAACGAAAUGCCACCCGUCACGCGGGCACGGGAAGCUUCUCUUCUGUGUCCGCAGCCCAAACGAGGCCUUCUGCUGCUCCUUUUCUCUCCCCUCUUGAAACUCCAAACAGGCCUAAACAGUUUGCUUCCCGGUCCUGACUUGUUGCCAAUUUAAGAAACCAGAAACUCCUGAGAUGACCUCGGGCCACCAGCUGGUUUCUGGCUCGGGAAGGCCCGCCUUGUGUUUCGUGUCAAGCAUUCGUUCCCUGUAUGCAGUUAAAGGAGAAGAAGACGGUGGAGGAGGUGGAAGAGGCGACGGCACUCCAGCCGGCCAGGAAGGAGCCAUGGCUGCCGUCUUCCUGCCGGGCAACCUUCAAGAUGAAGCCACUUGCUCGGUCUGCCUGGAGUACUUCAAGGACCCCGUCUCCAUCGAGUGCGGCCACAACUUCUGCCGCUCCUGCAUUGCCAAGAGCUGGAAGAGCCUGGAGAGCGAUUUCCCCUGCCCUCAGUGCAGGGAGGUUUUCAAGGAGAAGAGCUUCAGGCCCAACAGACAGUUGGCCAACAUGUCGGAGAUCAUCAGCCAGUUCAUCGUGCAUGGCGGCAAGGGCCUGGAGGAGGACGGGCUCUGCGAGAAGCACAAGGAGGCCUUGAAGCUCUACUGCAAGGACGACCAGAAGACCAUCUGCGUGGUGUGUGACCGGUCUCGGGACCAUAGGCCACACACCGUGGUGCCCAUAGAGGAGGCUGCCCAGGAAUACAAGGAACAAAUUCAGGCCCGUUUGGAUUUCUUGAAGAAAGAGAGACAGGAGCUUCUGGAAUUCAAAACACAGGACGACAAGAAAAGCCAAGACCUUUUGAAAACUAUAGAGACUGAGAGACAGAAGGUCCUCUCUGAAUUUGAAGGGAUGCGCCAGUUUCUGCAUGAGCAAGAGCAGCUUCUUCUGGGUCAGCUGGACAAGAUGGAGAAGGGCAUCACCAAGAGGCAGAACGAGAACAUCACUGAGCUCUCCAAGGAGAUUUCUCUCCUCAACAAACUCAUUGCUGACCUGGAAGACAAAAUCCAAGAGCCAGUGCUUGAUUUCCUCAAGGAUGUGACAAGUGCCCUGAUCAGAAGCGAUGACCUUAAAUGUCAGAGGCCGGUUCCCGUUUCUUCUGACAUGAAGGGCCACACCUGCAAUUUCUCUCUGAAGACCGUGGUCCUCAAGGGAGUGCUGAAGAAAUUCAAAGAUCACCUGCGGGAUGAAUUGGGGAAAGGUGAGAAAGAGGAGCUGCUCCUGGACCCAGAGACGGCCAACCACCUCCUCAUCCUCUCGGCGGACCUCAAGGGCGUGAGGAUGGGCUGCCGAAAGCAAGAUCUACCUGACAACCCCAAGCGCUUCGACACCAACUCUCGCGUCCUGUCCACCGAGGGUUUCAAGUCGGGGAGGCAUUACUGGGAGGUGGAGGUGGGGUCUGCCGACGGCUGGGCCUUUGGGGUGGCCAAGGAGUCGGUGCGUAGGAAAGGCUUGACCCAGUUUAGCCCUGAAGAGGGCAUCUGGGCAUUGCAGCAAACGGGAGGGCGCUACUGGGCAGUCACGGUCCCCAAGCGCACCCCGAUUUUCAUGCCCGAGAGGCUCCACAAAGUGAGGGUUUACUUGGACUACGAAGGGGAAGAGGUGUCCUUCUACAACGCUGACAACAUGCAGCACAUUUUCACCUUCAACGUCGCCUUUACGGAGAGGGUGUUCCCCCUAUUCUCCGUUUGCUCCACUGUCACCUACAUUAAACUUUGCUCCUGAGAGCAGCUUCGUUCCAAGAGGGUGGGCAACUACAUUAUUUGUGCGCAAUGAAAACCAUAGCCCGCUUGCUUUCGAUGCCAAGGCGUUUGUCCCUGGGGGCCACCACCGAGGAGGGCCUCGUAGUCACAUAACCUUGUGAUGGCUGCAGGAAAAGUGCUUGGGAGUGGGAAAUGCCUUCAGAGAGCCAGUGUAGUGUAGUGGUUAAGAGCGGUGGACUCGUAAUCUGGGGAACCGGGUUCGCGUCUCCGCUCCUCCACAUGCAGCUGCUG